UGACGACGAAGUUACGACAUCACAGACCCUUGAUUGAGGAAGAGGACGCUUCGGCAUUGAAACUCGGAGCUGGGUUCAACAAUGCUGGUUGUUUACUCAUCUCUGAAGUGAAGUACCUGCUGGAGAAUCGGGACAAGGACGCGCCAGACACUGCGGUGUAUAACAAAACACUGGAAUACGUGAAGACGUUCGCGAAGUUCAACACGACCGACUCGGCCAGUGCUGUUCGAGAGACCCUCCGACGAGAACCCAACCUCACGCAGUUCGAGACCGCUCAAAUCGCGAACCUCUGUCCAGCAGAUGCUGAGGAAGCAAAGAGUAUCAUUCCGAGGCUCGUGAAAAUCGACGAUGACCGCCUCCAAGCCCUCCUCGACGAAAUCCAGACGAUGAGGAAGUUCCAGACAUGAU